AUGUCCCAGCGGACGCAGCUGGCCCUGCUGCUCUGGAAGAACUUGACCUACAGGCGGCGGCAGAAGCUUCAGCUGCUGGUCGAGAUCGUGUGGCCGCUCUUCAUCUUCUUCAUCCUCAUCGCCGUGCGCCUCAGCUACCCGCCGUACGAACAGCACGAAUGUCAUUUCCCCAACAAGGCCAUGCCCUCGGCGGGCACCUUGCCGUGGAUCCAGGGCAUCCUCUGCAACGCCAACAACCCGUGCUUCCGCAGCCCCACGCCCGGCGAGUCGCCCGGCGUGGUGGGCAACUUCAACGACUCCAUAAUUUCCCGCCUCUUCUCCGACGCCAAAAAGAUUCUCCUGUACAGUCAGAACGACAAAAACUUGGAAGGCUUCAAGGAGCUGGCCCGCGCCCUCAGGAAGCUCCAGAGCAGCAGAAGCGGCUUCAAGUUAAAGCACUUCCUACGAGACGAGGAGACUUUUUCCGGCUUCCUGUCGCGAAACGUAUCCUUCCCGCCGGCGGCGGUCUUACGCAUCCUGGAGGCCGACGUCGACUUGGAGAAGGUUCUUUUGAGAGGUUUCGGGGUUCGCCUGCGGGACGCGUGCCCCCGCCGGUCGGGGGGCCGGGGCGUAGGGGAAUUUGUCAACGUGACGGACCCCGGGACCGCCGCCGCGGUUCAGGAAUUGGUGUGCCGCGCCCCGCCGGCGUGGCUGGACCUCGUCGAGCGCAACUUUCUGGAAAAUGCCGACUUCCUCAAACCCUUCCUGGGGGACGUCAGAUCGGACCCCGAAGCCGUGCGGGACGUUUCUGCGGCGACCAACAAGCUGCUGGACGGUCUGGGCUCCCUGGCCGUGGAGCUGGCCGGGAUGAAGAGCUGGACGGACCUGAGGAAAGAGAUCGUCUUCCUUCGGCGCAACGCCACGUCCUCGCCCAGCGCCUUGUACCAGGCCGUGUCGCGGAUCGCGUGCGGGCACCCGGAGGGCGGCGGCUUGCAGAUCAAGUCCCUCAACUGGUACGAGGACAGCAACUACAAGGCGCUCUUCGGGAACCACAACGGCAGCGAGGAGGCCGGCGCCGCGCAGCACUACGACAACGCCUCCGCUCCCUUUUGCAACAGUCUGGUCAGGAGCCUGGAUUCCAAUCCCAUGUCCAAGAUGAUCUGGGAAGCUGUCAAACCACUGCUGCUGGGGAAAAUCCUCUACACUCCCGACACUCCCGCUACUCGGCGGGUCAUCCACGAGGUCAACCGCACCUUCCAGGAGCUCGGCGUCUUCCGGGACUUGGAGGGAAUGUGGGAGGAGAUGAGACCUAAAGUUUGGAACUUCCUGGAGAACAGCGAACAGAUGAACCUGAUACGGUCUCUGCUGAAAAACAACGCCACCGCCUCCUACUUUCACACUCAACUGGCCGACACCGAGUGGACCGUGGCCGACGUGUCCCACUUCCUGUCCAGGCACGCCGACGAGCGGCGACGGCGGCCGGGCGCCCUCACCUGGAGGGACGUCUUUAACGAGACCGACCAGGCCGUGGGCGGCAUCUCCCGCUUCAUGGAGUGCGUGAAUCUGGACAAAUUGGAAGCAGUCUCGACCGAAGAGCGAAUGAUCAACGAGUCGAUGCUUCUGCUGGAGGACAAGAGGUUCUGGGCGGGGAUCGUCUUCCCUGACCUGGCCGCCAACGCCACGGAGCUCCCCCCCAACAUUAGCUACAAAAUCCGGAUGGACAUCGACAACGUGGAGCGGACCAAUAAGAUCAAAGACGCGUACUGGGACCCGGGUCCUCGCGCUGACCCCUUUGAGGACAUGCGCUACAUCUGGGGAGGCUUCUCCUACCUCCAGGACGUCAUCGAACAGGCCCUGGUCCGAACCCUGACCGGCACCAAAGACAAGACGGGCGUUUACAUCCAACAAAUGCCGUACCCCUGCUACGUGGACGACAUAUUCCUGCGGGUGAUGAGUCGCUCCAUGCCGCUCUUCAUGACCCUGGCCUGGAUGUUCUCCGUCUCCAUCAUCCUGAAGAACGUAGUGUACGAGAAGGAGGCGCGUCUGAAGGAGACCAUGAGGAUCAUGGGAUUGGACAACGGCAUCCUGUGGUUCAGCUGGUUCAUCAGCAGUCUGAUUCCUCUGCUCGUCAGCGCCGGGCUCCUGGUCCUGAUGCUCAAGAAAGGAAACCUGCUGCCGUACAGCGACACCGGCGUGGUCUACCUCUUUUUGGCGUCCUUCGCCGUGGUCACUAUCAUGCAGUGCUUUCUCAUCAGCACCGCCUUCGCUCGAGCCAACUUGGCCGCCGCCUGCGGAGGAAUCAUAUACUUCACGCUCUACUUGCCGUACGUCCUCUGCGUGGCCUGGCAGGACCACAUCGGCUUUCCGGCUAAAGUCUUCGCGAGCCUCCUGUCUCCGGUGGCUUUCGGCUUCGGCUGCGAGUACUUCGCCCUGUUCGAAGAGCAGGGCGUCGGCAUCCAGUGGAAGAACCUGGUGGCCAGUCCCCUGGAAGAGGACGACUUCAGCCUCCGCACCGCCAUCAUCAUCAUGUACUUUGACUCCUUCCUCUACGGACUCCUCACCUGGUACAUCGAAGCCGUCUUUCCAGGUCAAUACGGCAUUCCUCGGCCGUGGUACUUCCCCUUCACCAAGUCCUACUGGUUCGGAGAGGAGGAAAAGGCAUCCGACAAAGUCCCGUUGGAGCACAAAAGAAAGUCCGGCGCGGCGUGCACGGAAGAGGAACCGGCUCACCUCCGGCUCGGCGUCUACAUCGAGAAUCUCGUCAAGAUUUACCGGCACGGGAAGAAAGUGGCGGUGGACGGCCUGACGCUAGGCUUCUACGAGGGACAGAUCACCUCCUUCCUCGGACACAACGGCGCGGGAAAGACCACCACUAUGUCCGUCCUCACCGGUCUGUUCCCGCCCACCUCCGGUACCGCCUACAUCCUCGGUCGUGACAUCCGCACGGAGCUGAGCGCCAUUCGGCAGAGCUUGGGCGUCUGCCCGCAACACAACGUCCUCUUCAGCAUGUUGACGGUGGAGGAGCACGUGUGGUUCUACGCCCGACUGAAAGGUCUGUCGGAAGAAGGGGUAAAAGGCGAGAUGGAGCAGAUCCUGCGCGACACGGGCCUGCCGCACAAACGGCGUUCCAAGACCAGCACGCUGUCCGGCGGAAUGCAGAGGAAGCUGUCCGUGGCCCUGGCCUUCGUCGGGGGCUCCAAGGUGGUGAUCUUGGACGAGCCCACGGCCGGAGUGGAUCCCUACGCUCGCAGGGGAAUCUGGGAUUUGCUGCUCAAGUACAGGCAGGGACGCACCAUUAUCCUGUCCACGCACCACAUGGACGAGGCCGACAUCCUGGGCGACCGCAUCGCCAUCAUCUCGCACGGGAAGCUGUGCUGCGCGGGCUCCUCGCUCUUCCUAAAGAACCAGCUGGGGACGGGCUACUACCUGACCCUGGUCAAAAAGGACCCCGAACCCUCGCUCGGCUCGUACGGGAACUCGUCCGGCACGGUCUCCUUCGCCAAAAAGGACGAGAGCGGUUCCGUCAGCAGCAGCGACGCCGGACUGGGCAGCGAGCAAGAAAGCGACGCCGUCACUGUCGAAAACGGGCGCCCGGCAUCGGUGUGCGAGGCACCUCCGGUGGAUACCUCCCAGGUGUCGGGCCUGAUCACGCGCCACAUCCCGGCCGCCCGCAUGGUGGAGGACCUGGGGCACGAGCUGACCUUCGUCCUGCCGUACUCCGCCGCAAAAGACGGCGCCUUCGUGGAACUUUUCCGGGAAAUGGACGAGAAGCUGAGCGAGCUCAACGUCUCCAGUUACGGCGUGUCCGACACCUCUUUGGAAGAGAUUUUCCUGAAAGUUGCCGAAGAUAACGGCGUGGACACGGACGUGCCCUCAGACGGCACGCUACCGGUCCGACGUCGACGACGGACUCACGCCUUCGGGGGAGGCGAUCCUCAGAGCUGCUUGAGACCGCUGACGGACGAGCGCGACGGCGGCGCCGACGACGGCGAUCCCGAGAGUCGGGAGACGGAGCGCUUGAACGGCACGGGCGGGACGGGAUCGGAAAAAGUCAGCGGCUGGAAUCUGCGAAAGCAACAAUUUGUGGCCCUCAUGUGGAAAAGGUUCCUCUACGCCCGGCGCUCCCGUAAGGGCUUCUUCGCGCAGAUCGUCCUUCCGGCCGUCUUUGUCUGCAUCGCGCUGGUCUUUAGUCUCAUCGUACCUCCUUUUGGAAAAUAUCCCAGUUUGGAGCUGCAGCCCUGGAUGUACGAAGAGCAGGUCACCUUCAUCAGCGACGACGCGCCAGGAGACGCCACCAUGCAGAAGUUGCUGGCUUCUCUUUUGGACCCGCCGGGACUGGGCACCCGUUGUAUGCCGGGACUUAGUCUCCCAGACGCGCCGUGCACCCUGGGCGACGACGAGUGGAGCGUCCCGGAGGUCCCGGACGGCGUCCGGCGGCUCUUCGUCUCCGGGAACUGGACCAUGGAGGAGCCCUCUCCCUCCUGCUCCUGCAGCUGCGACGGCAGAAAGAAGAUGCUGCCCGAUUGCCCCGCCGGAGCCGGAGGGAUGCCUCCGCCCGAGAUCAAGUUGAGUUCCACCGACGUGCUGCAGAACCUGACGGGAAGGAACAUCUCCGACUACCUGGUCAAAACCUACGCUCAGAUCAUCGGCAAGAGUUUGAAGAAUAAAGUCUGGGUCAACGAGUUCAGGUACGGCGGCUUCUCCUUGGGCGCAAGGAGCACUCAGGUCCUCCCGCCGGCCGACGAAAUCGACGACGCCAUCGGACGCGUUCGCAAAAUCUUUGAACUGACCAAGGGAGCGGCGGCCGAUCGAUUUCUGGACAAUUUGUCAGCGUUCAUCCACGGACUGGACACCAAAAACAACGUCAAGAUCUGGUUCAACAACAAAGGCUGGCACAGCAUGGGCUCCUUCAUUAACGUGAUGAGCAACGCCAUCCUGAGGGCCCGGCUGCCUCCCGGGGAAGACGCCGGCCGCUACGGAAUCCGAGCCUUCAAUCAUCCGCUCAACUUGACCAAGGAGCAGCUGUCCCAGGUGGCGCUGGUCACCACCUCGGUGGACGUGCUGGUGUCCAUCUGCGUGAUCUUCGCCAUGUCCUUCGUACCGGCCAGCUUUGUGGUUUUCCUCAUUCACGAGCGCGUCACCAAGGCCAAGCACAUGCACUUCAUCAGCGGCGUGCACCCGCUUCUCUAUUGGAGCGCCAACUUCAUCUGGGACAUGUGUAACUACGUGGUCCCGGCGACGCUGGUCAUCCUCAUCUUUGUGGCCUUCCAACAAAAAGCUUAUGUCUCUUCCACGAACCUUCCCGUGCUGGCUCUGCUGCUUCUGCUCUACGGGUGGUCCAUCACGCCGCUGAUGUACCCGGCGUCCUUCCUCUUCACCGUCCCCAGCACGGCCUACGUGGUGCUCACCAGCGUCAACAUCCUCAUCGGCAUCAACGGGAGCAUCUCCACCUUCGUCAUGGAGCUCUUCGGAGAUCACGAGAUCGGAGGCAUCAACGACAUCCUGAAGAACGUCCUCCUCGUCUUCCCUCACUUCUGCUUGGGCCGAGGCCUCAUCGACAUGGUCAAGAAUCAAGCCAUGGCCGACGCGCUGCAGAGAUUCGGUGAGAACCGGCUGCGUUCCCCUCUGGAGUGGGACAUGGUGGGAAAGAAUUUGUUUGCCAUGGCGGUGGAGGGUGUGGUCUUCUUCCUCAUCACCAUCCUCAUCCAGUACAGAUUCUGCUUCAAACCCAGGCCGGCGAGUCUCGUGACCGAGGCGGGAAUUCCGGAAGACGAGGACGAGGACGUCGCCCGCGAGAGGCACCGGAUCGUACACGGGCUCGGGCGCGGACACAUCCUGGAACUCCGACAACUGACCAAGGUGUUCAAAAGGAAUCAGAGGCCGGCGGUGGAUCGGCUUUGCGUGGGGAUCCCCCCGGGCGAGUGUUUCGGUCUGCUGGGCGUGAACGGCGCGGGAAAGACCACCACCUUCAAAAUGCUGACGGGCGACACGACGGUGACCGGCGGGGAGGCCUUCCUGGCCGGCAAGAGCAUCCUCCGAGAGUUGGAGCAGGUCCACCGGAACAUGGGCUACUGCCCUCAGUUCGACGCCGUCAACGAGCUGCUGACGGGACGGGAACAUCUGGAGCUGUACGCUAUCCUCAGAGGAGUUCCCGGGGAAGAAGUCUGUGACGUGGCCGAGUGGGGCGUCCGAAAGUUGGGUCUGCUCAAGUACGCCGACAAAGCGGCGGGAAGUUACAGCGGCGGGAAUCUGCGUAAGCUAUCCACUGCUAUGGCGCUGAUCGGAGCACCCCCUGUUGUCUUUCUGGACGAACCCACCACGGGCAUGGACCCCAAAGCCCGCCGAGCGCUCUGGAACUGCAUCCUGUCAGUCAUCAAGGAAGGACGCUCCGUCGUGCUCACCUCGCACAGCAUGGAGGAGUGUGAGGCCUUGUGCACCCGGAUGGCCAUCAUGGUCAACGGCAGGUUCAAAUGUAUCGGCAGCGUCCAACAUUUGAAGAACAGGUUCGGCGACGGCUACACCGUGGUCCUGCGGGUGGCGGGGCCCGAUCCCGACCUGGCGGCCGUCGGCCGCUUCAUCGAGCGCGAGCUGAGCGGCAGCACGCUGAAGGAGAAACACCGCAACAUGCUGCAGUACCAGCUGCCCUCGGCGCGUUGCUCGCUCACGCACGUUUUCUCCACGCUGGCCAAGAACAAGCGGGCCCUCAAGAUCGAAGACUACUCCGUAACGCAGACCACGCUGGAUCAGGUGUUUGUCAACUUCGCCAAGGACCAGAGCGACGACUAUCACUCCAAAGACGCGGCUUCUUCCUCCGGAAAGCGGAGACGGCGGGGCCUUUCUCGGGAGGACGGACCCAAAGAGAGCGCCGUGUGA